ACGACGCAUCGACGAUGAUCUACCGGCAUUGUCGACUCCCCGUGUCCAUUUCAUCAUUAUGCCGCGAUCGUCGACUAUUUUCGACCCGCCUAAGGGCGCCAGCAACGUCGCAUGUGUAUGACAUUCACCCAGAAGUACGCGAAGCAUUGCGGGCAAAAAGGCCGGUAGUUGCAUUAGAGUCUACAAUAAUAAGUCAUGGAAUGCCCUAUCCGCAAAAUCUAGAUACUGCUUUGGCAGUGGAGAGAAUUGUGCGGGAGGAAGGCUGUGUGCCUGCAACUAUUGCUGUCCUUGAUGGACGCAUCAAAGUUGGGCUCUCCAAGGAUGAUUUAGAAAAGCUUGCUCGAACUGGUCUCAAAGCACGAAAGACUUCUCGACGAGAUUUAGCUCUAGUUGUUUCCCAGGGAGUCGUAGGAGCUACCACAGUGUCUGGUACUAUGCUGAUUGCGCACCAGGCAGGAAUCAAGGUGUUCGUGACUGGGGGAAUUGGUGGAGUUCACCGAGGUGGCGAAGAUUCGAUGGAUGUCAGUGCUGAUCUGACCGAACUUGGAAGGACGCCGGUUGCUGUAAUAUGUGCCGGUGCAAAGUCGAUCUUGGAUAUUGAGCGAACCUUAGAGUUCCUGGAAACUCAAGGGGUAACGGUCGUUAGCUAUGGAGAUAGCGAUGAGUUUCCAGCCUUUUACACUCCGAAAUCCGGUUACAGGAGCAUCGCCCACCUUAAGACUCCUGACGCAUGUGCGUCGCUAAUUAAGGCGAACAAUGAUAUUCAAUUGCAAAGCGGCAUGGUUAUAGCUGUACCGAUCCCAAGUGAAGAUGCGCCAAAGGACGCGUGGAGGAUUGAAAAGGCGGUUUUGGACGCUGUCAGCGAGGCAAAUACAAAGGGCAUUAAAGGCAAAGACAUAACGCCCUUUCUUCUUGAUCGGGUAAAGCAGAUUACACAGGGGGAAUCUUUGAAAUCCAAUAUUGCCUUAGUUAAGAACAAUGCCCGUAUUGGCAGCCGUAUAGCUGCUUCAUUUGCGGCUCAGUGUAAUGGGGCUAUAAUCAAUUCGUCAGAGUCAUCAGCCGCGGCUUCGCGACCUAUGAUAAUAGGAGGCACUGUUCUCGAUGUAUCGGCCCGGUUUGACGAUGGCCCCGAAUGCAACGGGAUGCCAUCAUUAGGAACAUCGCAUCCCGGUACUUGUAAACAGUCGAUGGGUGGGGUGGGCCGGAACAUGGCGGAAGCAUGUUAUCGCACAGGCGGAGAUCCAUAUUUUGUUAGUGCUGUCGGGGACGAUGUGGCGGGAGACGGCUUGAUUCAAGAGAUGGCUGGCGCAGGAAUGGAUGUAUCUGGGAUAAAAAGGAUUGUAGGUCAUCAGACAGCGACUUACAAUGCGUUUCUCAAAUCCGACGGGGACAUGCUAGUUGCGGUGGCUGACAUGCGCAUGCACGCAGAAAUUGAUGGAGAGGAGGUCUCUACAAUCAUCAAGAGGAACUUACCACCCUUUGUAUCAAUUGACGGAAACUUGAGCCGUCGUUGCACACAACGGAUUUUGGAAACUUGUGCAGAGAAUAACAUUCCAGUUCUAUUUGAACCAACAUCAGAGAUAAAGGCUUUCAGAUUAUUCAAUCUCGACCACAACUUGUUGAAAGCUAGUAUUAGAUACGCCACCCCAAAUGAAGGCGAACUCAGCGCAAUGGCCUGGGGAUACCAGUCUGCUAAUGAUCCAUGCAAUGGCCUGCCUAACCAGGAGGACGAUGCGGCUCGUUUGCGCAGAGGCAGAGGAUUGAUGUGGGGGCAGAACAAUCUUCAGUCAAACAUUACCGUUGUCGGUAAAGUGAUACCUACGAUCAUUGUCAAACGCGGGCGUGAGGGUGUUUUGAUUGCAAGAGAUGGUUCAAUAUCCGCAACCCUUGCGCCGACACAAAUUUAUAAUGAUUGUAUCAGCGUCACUGGCGCAGGAGACAGCAUGGUUGGAACACUGGUGACAGGCCUGUCCCGCCAUUAUUCACUGAAAUCGGGUGAACCUGCAGUGGAAGAUCUGCGUAGGUUUGCCGGGGCUGGUAUGCGCGCAGCGGAAAUGUCAUUAAUGACCGAUAGAGCUGUAGCAAAAGAUCUUGGUGAAUGGGUAUUUAAAUUGUAACUUUGAACAUGAUAGACAAAGUCAUUACAGUUGA